AUGCCGACCUCGUCUCCCGCAUAUGCUUCUGACUUCAAGCUGCUCAAGCUCAGCUUCUCUGCGCCCGGUGUUCUCCAUCUUGAGUUCAACCGGCCGCCCGUGAACGCGUUCAGCGCAGAGUUUUGGCGCGAAUACGGCGCAGCUUUGGACCGCAUCUCCCUCGACUCUGAUGUCCGCGUUGUAGUGGUGUCGUCUGCAUUACCCAAGCUCUUCUGCGCAGGAGUUGACUGCAAGUGCUCCCUCAGCGCGAAGUGUAUCCAGGCGGUAGACCCAGGCCGCCGUGGGCUGCUCAUUCGACAGGUUACACUCGAGUUCCAGAGUGCGAUCAGUGCCGCCGAGCGUUGCCCCUACCCCAUCAUUGCCGCCGUACAUGGUCUCGCGCUUGGCCUUGCUAUUGAUAUCAUCGCCGCGUGUGAUAUCCGGAUCGCCUCCUCGGACGCAUCAUUCAGCAUCAAGGAAACAGCUGUUGGCCUCGCUGCAGACAUCGGUACUCUUGCUAGGCUACCAAAGCUGACCGGCAACUCCUCCCUACUGCACGAAGUCGCCCUUACCUCACGCAACUUCUCCUCCGCAGAGGCCCUCACUCUCGGCCUCAUCUCCCGCGAAGUGCCGGGAAGCCGCACGGAGGUUGUGCAAGCGGCACUAGACAUGGCCUCGCAGAUUGCUCGGAAUAGCCCGAUUGCGACGCUCGGCACGAAGCGCUUCAUCGCGAACGCGAGGGAGCGCAGUGUACAGGAUGCGCUCGAGUAUCAGGCGACGUGGAAUAUGGGUGUGCAGCAGGCACCGGAUAUGGCUGCUACCGCUCAUGCGGCGAUGAAGAAGAAGAGUGUCAAGUAUGAGCCGCUUGCGCCGUGGGUUCAACCUCCGAAGACCAACUCGAAGCUCUUCCUCAACCACGCUAUACCCAGCUGGGCCAACCAUCGUACCAUGUUCGACAAGCUCAUCAUCAAGCAAGUGCGCGCCUUACCAGUACCAAAUGCGCAUGUCUUCGACGAUGGCGAACCCGCGUGGGCACUCUACAAGAACCGAUGGUAUCGCGUGCGCAUCGCGGGUGCUCUUCCUCCCCUCAAAGGCAGCACAGCGACGCGCUACGUCGUAUGGCCCUGGAAGCUCAGCGCGAAGAACACCAACUUUGGCGCGCUAUCCCCUGCAAAUGGAACGCUUGCGCCCGAUGAUGGACAUACGCGCGCGUGGCUGCGCAAAACCGUAGGUCGGAGAAGAGUGGGAAAGUCCGACUGGUCGGCGGUCAAAAGUGCUCGAUGA